AUGUUCUGCAACUCGCUGUCUCUAAACGCUCAAAAUCCCGACUCCCAUCAUACCAUCACCGUGGCAUACACUGGCCCCUGCAACAGUGGAGCCGACAACCGUAAGCGUCAGUUCAACCCUGGAACCGACCACUGCAAUGCGCACUGUAACGAGCACAACUACGAUCCGCUGUGCGGCAGUAACGGGCAGACCUACGACAACCGCUGCCUCAUGGAGUUGGACAACUGCCUCUACACCGCUCAAAAUCCCGACUCCCAUCAUACCAUCACCGUGGCAUACACUGGACCCUGCAACAGUGCAGCCGACAACCGUAAGCGUCAGUUCAACCCUGGCACCGAUCACUGCAAUGCGCACUGUAACGAGCACAACUACGAUCCGCUGUGCGGCAGUAACGGGCAGACCUACGACAACCGCUGCCUCAUGGAGCUGGACAACUGCCUCUACACCGCUCAAAAUCCCGACUCCCAUCAUACCAUCACCGUGGCAUACAAUGGCCCCUGCAACAGUGGAGCCGACAACCGUAAGCGUCAGUUCAACCCCGGCACCGAUAACUGCAAUGCGCACUGUAACGAGCACAACUACGAUCCGCUGUGCGGCAGUAACGGGCAGACCUACGACAACCGCUGCCUCAUGGAGUUGGACAACUGCCUCUACACCGCUCAAAAUCCCGACUCCCAUCAUACCAUCACAGUGGCAUACACUGGCCCCUGUAACCGUAAGCGUCAGUUCAACCCUGGCACCGAUCACUGCAAUGCGCACUGUAACGAGCACAACUACGAUCCGCUGUGCGGCAGUAACGGGCAGACCUACGACAACCGCUGCCUCAUGGAGUUGGACAACUGCCUCUACACCGCUCAAAAUCCCGACUCCCAUCAUACCAUCACCGUGGCAUACCAUGGCCCCUGCAACAGUGGAGCCGACAACCGUAAGCGUCAGUUCAACCCUGGCACCGAUCACUGCAAUGCGCACUGUAACGAGCACAACUACGAUCCGCUGUGCGGCAGUAACGGGCAGACCUACGACAACCGCUGCCUCAUGGAGUUGGACAACUGCCUCUACACCGCUCAAAAUCCCGACUCCCAUCAUACCAUCACCGUGGCAUACACUGGACCCUGUAACCGUAAGCGUCAGUUCAACCCUGGCACCGAUCACUGCAAUGCGCACUGUAACGAGCACAACUACGAUCCGCUGUGCGGCAGUAACGGGCAGACCUACGACAACCGCUGCCUCAUGGAGUUGGACAACUGCCUCUACACCGCUCAAAAUCCCGACUCUCAUCAUACCAUCACUGUGGCAUACACUGGCCCCUGCAACAGUGGAGCCGACAACCGUAAGCGUCAGUUCAACCCCGGCACCGAUCACUGCAAUGCGCACUGUAACGAGCACAACUACGAUCCGCUGUGCGGCAGUAACGGGCAGACCUACGACAACCGCUGCCUCAUGGAGUUGGACAACUGCCUCUACACCGCUCAAAAUCCCGACUCCCAUCAUACCAUCACUGUGGCAUACAAUGGCCCCUGUAACAGUGCAGCCGACAACCGUAAGCGUCAGUUCAACCCCGGCACCGAUCACUGCAAUGCGCACUGUAACGAGCACAACUACGAUCCGCUGUGCGGCAGUAACGGGCAGACCUACGACAACCGCUGCCUCAUGGAGUUGGACAACUGCCUCUACACCGCUCAAAAUCCCGACUCCCAUCAUACCAUCACCGUGGCACACACUGGACCCUGUAACCGUAAGCGUCAGUUCAACCCCGGCAACGAGCACUGCAAUACGCACUGUAAUGACCACUACGAUCCAGUGUGCGGCAGUAACGGGCAGACCUACGACAACCGCUGCCUCCUAGAGUUGGACGACUGCAUGUUUAGCGCUCAACACCCCGAGUCCCAUCAUACCAUCACCGUGGCAUACAAUGGUGUCUGUAACAGUGGAGCCAAGAACAGUAAGCGUCAGUUCAACCCCGGCCACGAGCACUGCAAUACGCACUGUUCCGACCACUACGAUCCAGUGUGCGGCAGUAACGACCAGACCUACACCAACCGCUGCUUCUUGGAGUUGGACGCCUGCCAGUUCAGCGCUCAACAUCCCGACUCCCCCCAUACCAUCACCUUGGCGUACCAUGGCGCCUGUAACAGUGGAGCCGACAACCGUAAGCGUCAGUUCAACCCUGGCACCGAUCACUGCAAUGCGCACUGUAACGAGCACAACUACGAUCCGCUGUGCGGCAGUAACGGGCAGACCUACGACAACCGCUGCCUCAUGGAGUUGGACAACUGCCUCUACACGGCUCAAAAUCCCGACUCCCAUCAUACCAUCACCGUGGCAUACAAUGGCCCCUGCAACAGUGCAGCCGACAACCGUAAGCGUCAGUUCAACCCUGGAACCGAUCACUGCAAUGCGCACUGUAACGAGCACAACUACGAUCCGCUGUGCGGCAGUAACGGGCAGACCUACGACAACCGCUGCCUCAUGGAGUUGGACAACUGCCUCUACACCGCUCAAAAUCCCGACUCCCAUCAUACCAUCACUGUGGCAUACACUGGCCCCUGCAACAGUGGAGCCGACAACCGUAAGCGUCAGUUCAACCCCGGCACCGAUCACUGCAAUGCGCACUGUAACGAGCACAACUACGAUCCGCUGUGCGGCAGUAACGGGCAGACCUACGACAACCGCUGCCUCAUGGAGUUGGACAACUGCCUCUACACCGCUCAAAAUCCCGACUCCCAUCAUACCAUCACCGUGGCACACACUGGACCCUGUAACCGUAAGCGUCAGUUCAACCCUGGUACCGAUGACUGCAAUGCUCACUGUCCCAAUGACUACGAUCCCGUUUGCGGCAGUAACCAUCAGACCUACAACAACCGCUGCUACCUGGAGAUUGACGCCUGCAUUUUCAGCGCUCAACAUCCCGACGCCCAUCAUACCAUCACAGUGGCAUACAAUGGCCCCUGUAACGGUGCACCAGGUGGCCGCAAGCGGCAGUUCGAUAACGACUGCCCGAUGUUCUGUCCCGAGUACUACUCUCCAGUCUGCGGCAGUAACGGGCAAAUCUAUGACAACAUCUGCUUCCUGGAGAGCGCUGCCUGCAUAUAUAGCACUCAACAUCCCAAUUCUCACCAUACCAUCACUGUGGCUGACGAUGGCUUCUGCCAACAUGGCGCCCUCAUCCACGAUAGCGCCGCCAUCCAAGAUGGCGUCAUCCAUGAUGGCAUCGUGCAUGAUCGUGCAAUCUAAGAUACCCACAGAGCAAGCCCGACUGACACAUCUGCUGUGAGAUCAUCAUUGGCAGGGAGUUGUACUUGUCGGGAUACUUUUGAGGUGCCGUCACAUACGUCGUACGAUUUAUUUGAAAAAAAAAAUAGCGAUUCCUAGCGAGGCUACAGAUUUGUCAAAUGUGACAGAUUUGACCGUUAACAAUGAUUUAUGUACGGCAAUAUUUGUCGUGACAAGAUGGCAAAAUGUUAGGCGACACAUUCCCGACUAUUCUAAGAAUGUCUGCCGAUUUAAGCCGUACGACGGAUAUGACUAAACGUUGACGUAUAAACAAACGAACAUAUUCCGUUCAAUAAAUGACACUAAGAUCAAACUGCAGAAUUUGUGUUGUUUUCCUUUGGCCAAUAAAAAAACUAGGCCGGUACGUAGACUGACUGAAGACAAUUAUGAACAAGCUUAAGCAGACAUUAUCAUUAUUAU